AUGACUGAGUUAUUAGCCAAAAAGAAUAAGCUUAACGGGAUUGAGACUAUUGUGCUCAAAGAGAAAUGUAGUGCUAUCGUGACCAAUCUACCGCCUAAAUUGAAGGAUCCAGGGAGUUUCACCAACCCAUGCAAUGUUGAAGAUUUUUAUGUGGGAAGAGCUCUCACCGACCUUGGUGCAAGCAUAAAUCUGACGCCCUUGUCCAUUGUUAAGCAGCUUAGGUUGAAUGGCAUGAAGUAUAUUGUGGUUGACAAAGAUAUACCUAUAAUCCAAGGACGACCAUUCUUAGCCACCAGCAAGAUGAUUAUUGAUGAUAUUCAGUGCAGUGACAUUAAGGUCCUGGAUGAUAGAAAGAGGUGGGCACAUCACUCAAAGAAGAAUGAAGUGUUUGUGGAACCAACGAUGGAGGAUGUAAAGCGUUUCAGUAUUGAUGCAACAAUGAAGAAUAAAAAUGUUGGCAGAGUAGCCAGCAUAUGGUGGCAAGUUUAA